GGGCAGGGCCCCCGGCCCGCCAUGGAGAGCGGGACGCCGCUGUCGGGCGGGCAGCGGGCGCUGAUCCGGGAGAGCUGGCAGCGGGUGAGCGGCAGCCCCGUGCAGCACGGCCUCGUCCUCUUCACCAGGCUGUUUGACUUGGAUCCUGACCUGCUGCCCCUUUUCCAGUACAACUGCAAGCAGUUUGCCAGCCCUCAGGAAUGCCUGUCUGCCCCUGAGUUCCUGGAUCACAUCAGGAAGGUGAUGCUGGUGAUUGAUGCUGCUGUGAGCCACCUGGAGAACUUGUCCUGCCUGGAAGAGUAUCUCUGCAACCUUGGCAAGAAGCACCAGACAGUUGGUGUGAAGGUUGAGUCUUUCUCGACUGUCGGCGAGUCCUUGCUGUACAUGCUGGAGAAAUGCCUUGGUGCUGCCUUCAGCCCAGAGGUGCAGGAAGCUUGGAGCAAACUCUACAAUGCUGUGGUGAAAGCCAUGCAACGUGGCUGGGAGACCCUCUCAGAAGGGGACUAGAUCCUGCCAGCCAUCCCUAUCCCUGACCAUGCAGCAGUCCUGAGCACGGCGAGUCUCAGGCCACACUCGCUGCCUCUCCCCACCUCUGCCUUUGCGUGUGCACCAGCCCAUGGCUGCCUCUGCCACUCACACGUGCUGCGGGGUUCUCACGUGGUUCCAUCCUGCUUCAACACGAGUGUGUCUCUGCCUUUGCUAAGGGCUGGCAGGGCAUGUCCCUGCAGCAAAGCCUGGCAGUGCCACAGCACAGGUAUGCCACCCUGCCCCAAGUUCCUUAAGGAACACCAAUACCCAGGUACCUACUCUGGGUUUUAGCUUGCUCAUCUUCCCUCGUCUUGCUACCCACCCUAGGUAGGCGACAGCUGGCAUAGGCCUCUUGGGCUUAUUUGCUCAAAAUCCUAUUUGCUGUGCUUUACCUGCCAGGUCUGACACUGCUCAGUCCUGUGCUGCUGUACCUGGUUCAGCUGUGACAGUGACAGAUUUGGCUCCAUCCAGGUCAAAAGGCAGCAAGAGAGCGAGGCUGGUCACACCGUGUGGCUGUCCUCAAACCUUGCAGAGAGUUUCCCCCCCUCUCCCUUCAUCAAUAUAUCACUACCACAUGGUUAAUCCUGGUGCUUCUUUCUGCCUUGCCUCUGAUCUGGAUGGGAUCCCUGGCUUUUCCCUGUGUCAGGUUUGCCACAACCCAGUUGGUUUCCUAGGGAUGUUUCAGGCACUAGUGUCACACUAAUCCCAAGGUGAAACUACUUUUGGCAGGGUUGGGCUGCCAACUGAAAGGCUUUGUGCUGAUUUGGCCAGCUGGUUUAACCUUAGAGCCAUCUGAAAUGCAGCAGCAACAGCAGCAGUAGCAAUGUCUGUUUACUGCUUUGUGUUAAGGAAAAUAAAAUAAAUCCAAGGAAAAGAUGUCUUAAAAA